CACGCAUUCAUUCAAAGAACACACAACACACAGCACACUUAUUAAGUCUCUAUCGUUCUUCAUUUCUUCAUCAGCUAUCCCCACUUUCUCAUACCAUGGUUUUGGUUUCAUCACUUACCCCUCUCAUGUUUACAGUGAGGAGGCGCCAACCGGAGCUGGUGACUCCUGCUAUUCCUACUCCACAUGAAGUUAAACUACUAUCCGACAUAGAUGAUCAAGCCGGCCUCCGUUUCCUAAUUCCAUUCAUACACAUAUAUAGCUACGAACCAUCAAUGGAAGGGAAAGACCCUGUUGAUGUCAUUAGAAAGGCACUAGCACAAACACUUGUGUUCUACUAUCCAUUUGCGGGCAGGCUUAAAGAGGGGCCUGGUCGCAAAUUAAUGGUGGAUUGUACUGGAGAGGGAGUCUUGUUCGUUGAGGCUGAUGCUGACGUGACACUUGAUCAAUUUGGUGAAGCUCCUCAACCUCCAUUCCCAUGCUUCCACCAACUCUUUUAUGAUGUUCAAGACUCAGAAGAAAUCAUUAACUAUCCCCUUCUAGUCAUACAGGUCACGCGCCUUAAGUGCGGUGGUUUCAUCGUGGCCACGCGCAUCAACCACACCAUGAGCGACGGAGCUGGUAUAAGACAAUUCAUGAACUGCAUGGUUGAAAUGGCAAGGGGUGCACGCAAACCUUCCAUUCAACCGGUGUGGUGUAGGGAGCUCUUAAUGGCUAGAGAUCCACCUCGCGUUACAUGCAACCAUCGCGAAUUCGAGCACGUGGCACCUGAUACCAUCAAUUCAUACGAGGACGAUAUCGUUCAUCGAUCUUUCUUCUUUGGACCCACCGAGAUAGCUGCCAUUCGUCGCUUUGUUCCACUUCACCUUCCUUACUGCACCAAAUUCGAAGUUAUCACGGCAUGCUUCUGGUGCUGCCGUACAAAAGCAUUGCAGCUAGAGCCAGAGGAGGAGGUUCGGUUUAUGUGCAUCAUCAACGCACGUGCUAGGUUUAACCCUCCGUUACCUGAAGGUUAUUACGGCAACGCUUUUGCAUACCCUGCGGCGGUCACAACUUCUAGGAAACUUAGCUUUGGUUAUGCACUAGAAUUAAUUAAGAAAGUGAAAGCUGAGGUGACAGAGGAGUAUAUGCAUUCAGUGGCAGAUCUAAUGGUGAAUAAGGAUCGAUGCUUAUUUACGAUCGUUAGAUCGUGUAUUGUGUCAGAUCUGACACGUUUUGGGUUAAGAGAAGUGGAUUUUGGAUGGGGCAAGGCAGUGUAUGGUGGAGUGGCCAAAGGUGGGGCUGGGCUCUUUCCUGGAGCAAGUUAUCUUAUCCCCGGUGAGAAUGCAAAAGGAGAAGAGGGUAUCAUAUUACCAAUUUGCUUGCCUGCCAAAGCUAUGAAGAGAUUUGCCAAAGAAUUGUAUAACAUGCUUAGGAACUAAAACCAAUAUAUGUUAAUAUUUAUUUAAUAUGUAGUCUGCGUAUAUCACGAAAUAUGUAUUGUAAGUUAUUUAAAUAAUUAACUUUUUUUAAGUGUUCUGUAUGAAUUAAGUUAUUCGGAUUAGUGACAUUUUAUUUGGUGUGUACUUU